ACACUCCAUAAUCGGACCACCGCAUUCUCCGGUUACCGGUUCCCGCCACCAUCGACAGUCUCUCAUUUCUACCGAUUUUCGGGUCUUCAUGGGGAAAUCAUUGAAGUAUCCAGGAUUCAGUUUUAAACCUACUGAUGUUCAUCUGGUGAUGUAUUACCUCAAGAACAAGUUAUUAGGGAAAAAGCUUGAUCCAGAAUUUAUUGCAGAGAUUAAUAUAAACGAUUUCAGCCCAUGGGAUCUUCCAGCCAAAUCCAUCUUGAGUGGCGAUCUAGAGUGGUACUUCUUCUCUUCAAAUUCUAAAAAAUAUUUAAGUGGGCCCAGAAUGAAUCGUGUAACUAAAACUGGAUUUUGGAAAGGCACUGGGAAAGAUAAAGAAGUCAAAUACAAAGGAAGAACUGUGGCAAUGAGAAAAACACUGAUUUUCCAUGUGGGUCAUCGAGAAAAGCGGACAAUAACAAAUUGGGUUAUGCAUGAGUACCGGAUGACAGACGAGGAUUUAGCUAACCAAGGGGUUGCUCAGGAGGCAUAUGUAAUCUGUAGAGUUUUUGAGAAAAGUGGUCUUGGGCCGAAGAACGGGGCACAAUAUGGCGCACCAUUUGAGGAAAAAGACUGGGAUGGUGAUGGUGAUGAUGAUGAUGAUGAUAAGUCUACUGUAACAUCUUUAAUGAUGGUUGGUGUGUUGGUGAAUCCUAAUAAUGCAAGUUGUUUAACAUCAACAUGUCCAUCUACAAAAACGUCUGAUCCGAAUAAUGCAAGCAGUUUGGGUCCCUCUGGUAUCACAUCUUGGGAAGAUGAGAGAGUGACAUAUGUUCCUAUUAAUGAUGAUGUCAUGCUUACCCAUGGUGACCUUGCUUCACUCCUUCAAAAUAACAACACACAGGAGGAGGUAGAAGAUCGCAAUGGGAAGAAUGUGAUGAUUGAUGAUGGUAUUGAUAUGCUAAAUGAGUUUCUGGAUGCGAGCAACCCACAUGAUUUGGGCCAAGAUAUGUUUAACAUGUUUAGUGUCGAUGGAUUUGAUGAUGAUAGCAUGAAUGCAUUCUUGGGUGAUGAUUUUUGGAAGUCAUGGAACGACUGAGUCAACGUGGAUACAUGUCCACAUCCGGUUUUGUAUUACUCGUAGAUUUAUACGAUUAUAUAUUUAGGAAUAUGGCACAUUUGUGUUAUAGUAGAUAUAUAUUUAUAAAACAAUACGAUUUUAGGAUAUGGUAGUCAGGUAGUGGCACAUUUAUGUUGUACUAUUUUUGUGUGUUAUUUAGUUAUACUAUAGUAAA